UUUACCUGCAUUUUACGUUCAAUAGAGUGCGAGGGACGCGGAAACGAUAAUCGCUCUCCUUUACGAACGCCACGUGGUUAUCGAGUCUGUGAACAAAUCGGUGUUUACACGUUAACAACUUUUGUUUACAAAGUUUUUGCUAAAAAUAGGAGCUUGCAGUGACGUCGAUAACGCGAUAUCGAAAAUGUUAUCGUUGAGGAUUGUUUAUUGAGAAUGAUAUUAGAUUUCACAAAGUGGUUUAGGGAUAUAAUUAUUGCAUAAAUUAGACGCCCGGGUGUAUUCAGAUUUCCACCCGAGUGUUCCCCAGGUAUUAUUUUAUCUUUAACAUUUAGUAAACAAUAACGAUAAAAUUAUCUUAGGGCAGAAGCUUUUUGUAAGAGAAUUUAGAUUGAUGCUUGUGUGCACGACUCUUAAUAAUAUUUAAUGAGACGCAGCGAUGUAGUUAUGAGAGAGACAGGCAUCCAAGAUUCAAGCUGAAAUAAACUGAGAAAUGGAUGCCUUGAGCGUGCUAAUUGCAAUAGCCCUGAUACACUGCUCACUCUUCUUUUUUGAUACACUCUUUAAGUCUUGUUCGCAUUUUCCGUACCUCUACUUCCUAGAGAACACAGGCCUGGAGAUACAGAUAUUGAGAGUGAAAUGGUUUACAACUGCUUUCAAUCGCAAAAUAAUAAAAUGGGGAAUGGACCGCUCCAGGUUUUGGACUGCUUGGUUCAAUGCUGGUGUCAUUAUAAGCAUUAUACUUUUGCCAAUAGCUGUUAUCAUUAUUUUAAAGAUGACAUUUAACAUGUGGCUGACUGGAUCUUCAAGUGAUACUAGUUCAGGAGCUAUAUUAGAACCUAUGUUACCAGGGGUGGAUGUUCCUUUCAAUGAAAUUGGCUAUUAUGCAACAACAUUAGCAAUAUGUAGUAUAGUUCAUGAAUUCGGGCAUGCCCUUGCUGCAGCAAGAGAAGAUGUACAGCUGUUUGGUCUAGGAAUCUUGAUUUUUUUUAUAAUUCCAAUAGCUUACGUGCAUAUAAGUAAUGAACAGUUGGUUGCAUUGCCAUUGAAAAAUCAGCUACGUGUCACAUGUGCUGGAAUUUGGCAUAAUGUUAUUCUUGCUACAGUAGCUGCAGCAAUUCUUGUAUUUUCCACAUGGCUGUGGGCACCACUUUACAAUAUUGGCUCUGGAGUUUAUGUGAAAACUAUUUUACCUAAUUCACCUGUAUUAGGUCCAACUGGUCUUUUAGAGUAUGAUGUAAUAUACAAAUUGAACAAUUGCCCUGUAAAGCACAAUGAGGAUUGGUACGAUUGUAUGCUUCACGCGGUGCAACAUCCUGCUCCUGGCUAUUGCGUUAAGCAAUCAUUUAUCCAAGACUAUGAUGAGUCAGUGCCAGCUAAGCAGAAAACAAACGGUGCUGUGAAUUGUUGUACAAGUGACAGUGAAACAAAUGGCAAUCUGUGUUUCGAAUACAUUGAAGGACCGCAAACCGCUCCUCUUCAUUUACCUCCGCAUUCUUGCCUUCCAGUAAGAGCAACACUCAAUCAGUCACAAAAUUUCUGUCAAGCUAGUCACGAAUGUUUAUCUCAAGAUACUCAUUGUAUGAAACCUUCUUUAGAUAAUGUGACAAAGAUUAUCCAAAUAAAGAGGAAAAUAGGCAAGGAUGUAUUAUUCGUUGGUCAUCCAGCAGAUAUUUAUAGGACUGUUGAUGUAUCAGAUUGGGUGCCAAAGUAUUCUUUCCUGUAUCCCAAAUUACCUGAAUCAUUUGCAUUGCUUUGCAAAUAUAUAACGGUAUUUUCAGCAGGGUUAGCAAUCAUUAACGUUGUGCCUUGCUUCUUUUUAGAUGGUCAAUAUAUUCUGAAUGUAGUUGUACUUUAUUUAUUGAACUCCAUGCCACAUAAUAAAAAUAUCAGAGAAAGCACAGUUCUUACAAUAACAAGUAUAGGUACAUUACUUAUUAUAACAAACUUAAUGUAUUUGCUUAUUAAUAAAUUAUUGUAAGUUAAUGAAA